CAGCAACCGACAACAGUGGUCCGGCCUCCGUCCACCGUGGUCUCCGCUGUCUUGAACCAUGACGAUGUACAAGCACCGUAUACCGUCGACGACCUCAUUUUCCGACGACGAUGCUGAUGAUGACCGCGGUAGGGCUGUCUAUCUCAUCGACCAUGAUUCCCAGCCUCUUGUCGUCUCUCCCGCCCAGUGGUCGAAGCGUCGAACAAGACCGACCGUCCUCCAGUCGCCUUCGCCCAUGUCAAACCUUCCUGCCGAGAUUCUCAUCCAUAUAUUCAAGCAUCUUGUCUCUCCAAGAGACCUCUACACAUCUCUUCGGGUCUGCCGAGCAUGGUGCGAAUGCUCGGUUGAAUUGCUCUGGCACAAACCCGGGUUCACCAGCUUCGAGACUCUCGAGAAGGUGGCGAAACUCCUUGGUGCGCAGAAUCAGACCUUUACUUAUUCCAGUUUUGUCCGCCGUCUCAACUUCAUUGCCCUUGCCAAAAACCUUAAUGAUGAUGUUUUCGCUGCACUCAUCAAUUGCGAUCGUCUCGAAAGGUUGACGCUCGUCAAUUGCGUUCUCCUUACUUCCACUGUCCUCACACGCGUUCUACCGUCCUUUCCCAAUCUCGUUGCCAUUGACGUCAGUGGCGUCAUCAGUACCACCGACGAGGCUGUCAUCGGCCUCGCUUCGUCGGCGAAGCGCUUGCAGGGCAUCAAUCUCACCGGUUGUAAGAACGUUACCGACGAUGGCAUUUUGGCGCUUGCAGACAACUGCCCCUUCCUUCGUCGUGUCAAGCUGAGCAACCUCGAGCUGCUCACUGAUGUUUCCGUCUCUGCUCUCGCCAAAGCCUGCCCAUUGCUACUUGAAGUGGAUUUCAACCACUGCAAGCUGAUUACCGAUCUCUCCGUUCGAGACAUUUGGAUAUACUGUUCUCAAAUGCGCGAAAUGAAACUAUCCCAUUGCCCAGAUCUCACGGAUGCAGCUUUCCCAGCCCCUCUUAAAGAGCAGGUCCUUCAAUUAGAAACCCCCAAUCCGUUUCCAUCAUCGGCUCCCAUAAAUUCAGAUAAGUUGCCACCACUCGACAUUUCUCGUACAUUCGAGCAUCUAAGAAUGUUGGAUUUGACCGCGUGUCCAUUAGUUACGGAUGAUGCGGUUGAGGGCAUCAUCUCCCACGCUCCCAAGAUCAGAAAUCUUGUGCUCUCCAAGUGCACUCUCUUGACCGAUAGGUCAGUGGAGAACAUUUGCAGACUGGGGAGGCAUUUGCACUAUCUCCACUUGGGACAUGCCGAAAAAAUCACAGAUCGAUCGGUUCGGACGUUGGCUAGAUCGUGCACACGCCUGAGAUAUGUUGAUUUUGCAAAUUGUACAUUACUUACGGAUAUGUCCGUCUUUGAACUAUCAGCCCUACCGAAACUCCGUCGUGUUGGACUCGUCCGUGUUAAUAAUCUCACGGACGAGGCCAUAUAUGCCUUGGCUGAGCGCCAUGCUACCCUUGAGCGCAUCCACCUAUCGUACUGCGACCAGAUUUCAGUGAUGGCAAUACAUUUCCUUCUCCAGAAGCUUCACAAAUUGACGCAUCUCAGUCUCACCGGUGUUCCUGCCUUCCGACAGCCUGAACUGCAAGCAUUCUGUCGAGACCCUCCUUCAGACUUUAACUCCAAUCAACAGUCCGCGUUUUGUGUAUUUUCUGGAAAGGGUGUAUCCCAGCUGCGAGCGUUUCUGACCGAGUUGUUCGACCGUAUCACCGAGAUGAACGGCACUGAUGAUACAGAAUACGAAGAUGACGACGACGACGAACUCGAAGAAGAGCUGGAAGAUGCCGGUGAAGACGAAAGGGAAGAUAUCGAGGAGACUUACGACUCUCAGCCGGUGUUCGAUGACAUGCCUCACUCCGCUGCGCAGGCAUCCAUACAACCCAACUCUGUACCAGACGAUGAAUUCGCCGUUUCCCACUCACAUCCUAUCCACCCCAAUACAUUUCCACCCACCACCACCUCAGAGGUCCCGUCCACAUCUUCAAACUUGCAAGGUGCCACCGACCGCUUAAAUAAGAUCAUGGCAUCUUUACCCAGUGCUGGUGCUAAUGCUGGUCCUUCCCGCCGUCAGCGCCAGCCUAGCAGCAGAACGAUGGCAGAUAUGUUACCCAUUGUUGAGAAUUCGACUUCCUCGCCACCCAGUGAUGUUGCUUCAAAUCUCAGCGGUGCUACUAACCAGUCCAAUGGUGCUGGUUUCUUCCGUACAUACCAGGACGGGAUACCGUCUCGUAACAGUGGGGUUUUGACACCAGAUCUCAAUUUUGCUGAGAUUGGGCACGGCCGUGGAGCACAAACGGGCUCAUCACAAUACCAACUUCGACGAGGACAUGAGCACCAACCUCAUCAUCGACCAUCAGUCAUUGACGUUGACACGACAAAUCUAUCAAUGACAGCUACCCCUUCCACGACUGAAGCGGACAGAGCGAUUGUUCUUACGGAUUCCUCCAAUUCGUAUCGCACUUCUGGGCAAUCUGCACCGGAUACUGGUGUUUCAUGGCCCUACCGUGAACCGCUAUCCCCUGUCACUUCAAACAAGGAGUCACCAGGACCCACACCUAGCACUAGUAAUAUCAACGAUAUGAGAGGAAGAAGCAUGAAACGAAGCUUCAGAAAUACUCUUAAUGCUGCUGAGCACUAUGCGACUUCGUUCCUUUUCGGACGUUCACCGACCAGGAAUCUACACGAUGAGACUGGUGGGCCAAGUAGUUCGAGGGGCCGUUAGUUACUUACCGUGAUUUUGUUUUUGUUUUCGUUCAUUCGUAUACUACAUAUUCACCUCUGCCUAGGUCUAGAUUGAUAAUAUUGUUUUGUAAGGAGCUUCAAAUUAUGAUGCGUAUUGACCGUAUGUACUUGAUAUGGGC